AUGUCGUUUUCGAACAAAUUGAUCACGGAGAAGAAUGGUUCCAGAUAUGGCAGGAUGAUACACCCUUGGCUCCGUAGAAAGCAGGAUAUAAUGGUCGAUACUCCGAGUAGAAGAGACGGAAUGUCGUACGAGGAGGAGCUGUUUAAACGACAACAAGGAGGCGUAUUCAUCUUUGACAUAGUGUUACAUCUCACACUUGGGAAAGGCGAGCACGGACUGAGCGGAGUCGCGUCGACGCUAUUUAACCGAUUCUUCAACGUACACUCGUUCAAGAUGUGCGAUUUUCGGGAUGUGGCGGCGGCGUGCGUCUUUUUGGCGGGCAAGAACGAGGAUUCGCCCAAAAAAUUGAAGUACGUCGUCAAUCAUCUGUGGCAGUUGAAGUAUCCGCAUCAGAAGCAUUUUCCCUCGGAGCAGACGUUUGUCGAUCAGUGUACUGUGGUCACAUAUUUGGAGGAAGUUGUACUAAGAUCAAUUUCAUUUGAUAUAAACGUCGACUUGCCUCACCAAUAUGUGCUGAAACUGAUGCGAGACGUCGAGAAGGGACGAAAUGUAUAUAAGGAGAUGGUGAAGACCGCAUAUUAUAUGGCGACUGAUGUAUUGAUAAUCACCGAUUGGAGUGUCCGCUACACGUGUGCCUCAAUCGCGACAGCUUGCGUCAAUAUAGCCGCCUACUUCCAUAACAUCAAAAUGGACGAAAUAGUGCCGCCGGAGCUCGCAAAUCACUGGUUUUGCUUCCAGGACGAGUCGAUGACGCGUGCCGAGGUGGAGGUGAUGACCACCGAGUUCCUCGAUAUCUUCGCCAGAAAUCCCGCAUUUCAUAUUGGAUCUCUGAAGAAAAUCGAUGUGAAUGGAAAGGUGAAAAUCGUGGGAAGAGCCAAAACACCGCCUCCACAAGCGACGACGUCACUCUCGGCUUCUGGAUCAUCGUCGUCGAAUCUGAAGAAGAUUGACUAUGAAGCGUACAAAGGGAGACAGAAGACGAUAUCGGCGAGUAGUGGAAACGAAUCGACUCCAACGACCUCGACUCGUCCGAGUUUCCUUCCCGACGUCAAGAAUCAGAAGGUGGUUGAGCAAGGGUUGAUGGAGGCGCAGAAGCAACGAGGUCACUAUCACAACUCGAAUCACUCGUCGACAUCGUCAUCGUCUAAUGGAAGUUAUCAGAAUGGAUAUCACAAGUCGAGUCAUCAUAGUCGUCAUAGUGAUAUGAAGAGACAAACGGCGUAUGAGGAUCCGACACAACCAAAGAAGAUGCGAACGGACUACCAUCAAUCGUUCGUUGCCUCCUCAUCCUCAUCGUCAACCACCUCCAUCUCUGAAAAUGGGCGAUACGUACAGCAACAACAGCAGCAGACAACGACCAUAGUGACUACACAACAACAGCCACCGUCGCAGCAACGCGAAGAGAGCGCCUAUGCUCGUCAAGUGCGUCUCCUGAAAGCUGGCGCUCAACAACCGGUGCCGUUGAUGUCGUUGCCACCACCGCCACUGCCUCCACAGCAACUGCAACAUCUUCAACAGAUGCAGUCGCAGCCACCUCCGCAGCAGUCGGAGUAUCAGAAGAUGUGUAUGGCGCUUGACAAGACGCGAAAUCAACAAUACUCGGCUGUCAAUCACCAAAACAACAUCAUCCCCACCCAUCCCCACCAUCAUCUCCAUCAUCCGAUGUCGUCGACUCAGCAAAUCUCACCACCCGACGAGUCUUCGCCACCACUCACCUCGAUGAUCCUCCUCCCGCCGCCACCACCACCGCCAGUUUUGAUGCCUCGUCGUGUCGACGAGAUCGAGGACGGGGAACUUGUUUGA